AUGCGUAACGCGUUGCAUCGAAACACACGUCAAAAUAUCAACGACUCGGGUCCCAUAAAAACACAUACUCUAAUACGUGCUGGCCAUAGUGUAGAAUAUCAAUCGUCAGCUACUGAUCGUACUGGAAAUAAAGACGGUAAAUAGAUGGGAUUUUUGUUGCUCUACUCUCUAAAAAAAAUCCGUAGCUUACAAAACGAAUAGCGGUUUUGGCAUUUGCUCCUAAUAGAAACCGAUAUCCGUAUCGUACGGUCCUGCAUAACCGUUUCGCAGAAU